AUGGCUUCUACGCGAGAGGAGCGGCUGCAGAUGCGACAGCGCGGAGCUGGGCGCAAGAUCAAAGAUGUAGACUUUGGAUUCUCAUUCGGCGCUGCGGCACCUGGCCCCUCAGCCUCUGCUGGGCUUUCUCUAUUUCCCGAACCAGAGAAAGCUUCGCAAACACGACCCGCGCCGAAGGUCGCGACACCACCGCGUGCCAAUGCCUCUUCGCAGGUCGAAUCUCACUUGACAUCGUUUUCCCAGCGUACACCAAGAAGUGCGCGCAACAACCUUCCACCGCGUCCCUCGCCUUAUGAUUUACCAUCAGAUGACAGGCCUGGAGAACCGCGCAGCAACAAACGGAGACGAAUCGAAAAUACAGCAUAUACAUUGUCGCGAAAUACCGCAGACUCUCAGGGUAGCGAACCGAAAACUGUGCCAAAUGGCAACACAGAUACUACCGAGGCACCAGCAAGCCACACCGCCGAAGUUCUGACUGCUCCAGAUGCAUCCCUAAUAGCAGCUGAAACUCUCGCGCUUCAACCUCAGCUAUUGCUUUUCCCAUAUUCCCAACCCAACGAACAAGCGCAGAUCGAACCCCUCGAGACCAACGCCACGGUCACAGAGACUAGGGCACCUGCUCUCUUUGGGACAGAGCCACAGAUAUCAGAACAGGAUGUAGCAUCAUAUACUUCUCCAAUACCGACUGCGGAGGUUGCUGCAUCUGAUAACGCACCAAAGUCCCCAUCAGAUGAAAAUCAAGCUACCGUCGAAUCUACAGUACCCCCAACCAGGCUACGAAAAAGUCAAUCGCCACGAAUCGCAAAAGCAACACAAUCAACCAAAGCACGGAUGCUUAAAAAAGAUCUGAGAACCUCCGCCUCCCCAAUUUCCUUGAAAGUCGUUAAGCAAAAAGUCAACGAGUCGAGGACCAAGGCCAAAAGCCAGGGUGGUUCAGUCGAUUCUGGAGCUAGAGGCGAUCCCGAGUCAUAUCAGUCGACUUCGGGGCCAUCUCGGACAAACAAGAGUCGGGAUGUUGAAGAACGACAUCCGUCAAAAUCACAUGCCGUGGAAGAAUCGAUAGCUGCGGAGAUUGAACGCAAUGAAUUGGACACUGUACAACCAGAGAAAGCGUCAAAACCCAAAAGUGGUCGCGGUAGGCUGUCACUUGCUGGUAAACAUACUGGGACCAUUGAGGCUGAAAGUCAGAAAGAGAAUCAAGUGAACCCCGCGGAUAUUAUAGUUGAAUCGCCAGCCGGACCUCCUCGUCGGGGUCGCAAGGCGAAGAAAGCAGUGGGACCAGAGCCUGGGCCAGAAUCACCUCAAGAGCCGGAAGCAGAGUUGCAGCUGGAUUCUGCAAAGGCUGGCCGUGGGAGGUCUAAAAAGAAAGACAAGAGUUCAGUGACAGCGCACGAGCCUGAACCUGAACCGCCGAUAGAGUCUAACCUUCCGAAAUCUCGCGGUAGGUCGAAGAAAAACAAGCGGGCUGCAGUCGAAGAGCCCGAAGCCAACGCUGAAGCCGAAGUUGAAGUCGAAGUCGAGCCAGAAACGCAGGCAGGACCUGUUUCCAAGGCUCGUGGAAGAUCUGGAAAGAAAUCAAAGAGUGCAUCAACUUCCGAGUCCAUAUCGAGGACUGAGCCUGUGGAAGAACAACCAGAGGGCGAGAGUAAUAAGGAGACGCGAUCUCAGCGUAAGCCCAGAGACAGACAGCCUCGUGGAGAAACCGUUCCCGUCACAGUCCAUCGGUUGGCCAAUGCAUCUGCUUUGAGUGCCAUAUAUAACUCUGCAGGCUCCGGUGACGAGGGAGAGGAAUCUGCCGAUGAAAUAUCAACCCGCCAGAAGACAAAGUUGCCCAAUCGUGGUGGUGUCAAUCCAGCAGAUGUGCUUGGGCAGAUAUGUCGUGAAACCCUGGAGAAGACGCUCACAACGCUUCAGGACGGGAUUGCUAAAGAGGCCAACCCUACACGGCGUGCCGAAUGGACGCGCAAGCGGAAGGCCGUUGAAGCCUUUGGCUCGGAGCUCGACAGCCGUUUACUUGACCUGAGCGAGAUGCUAGACAGCAACUUCAUGUUGGGCAUGCAGCUAAAGAAAUCCAAGCGAGAUAUGAUGGAUCUCCGGACUCAUUUGUUUCAAGUACGACGGGAACGAGAGAAUAUAGCUCUACAGAUGGAUGCAGUACGGGCCAAGCACAUGGAAGAGGAAAAAGCGAAAACGGCACGCAACACCAUCAACCAUUCUCUCCACAGCCUUGAAUUGGCAUUGGAUCGCCGCCAGAACAAUGCUCCACUUAGUGCGAACCCUUCGACCACAGAAAUCGAGUUUAUGCUCCGCUCUCUGGCUGACGAUGUGAGCUCCCAAGCGCCAGGGUCUCAAGGUGGUCUUCUGAGUCAAAUUCGUGCCUUUAAUGCGCAGCUUGAAAGCACGGCGCGUCGUCUAGAAAGCUGA